ACUUGCAUUUGACUGAGUAUCAAAUCUCUGAAAAUGGCACCAAGUCCGAGAAGGCGUUCGAGGUCGAGAAGCAGAAGCAGGAGCCGAAGUGCGUCCCCAGCUAAAGCAGUAAUGUCAAAGGCUGCAAAGAAAAGUCCAAAGAAGAAGGCAGCAAAGAAGCCAGCUUCAAGUCCGAAAAAGCGUGCAAGGUCUCGCAGCAGGACAAGGAGCAGGAGCAGAAGCCGAAGCAGGUCCCCAUCUAAGGCGUCUAAGCCAAAGAAGGCCAGGAGCCCUAAGAAGAAGGCAGCUAAGAAGCCGUCAAAGGGAGGAGCUAAGAAACCAACAACACUAUCGAUGGUUGUCGCUGCUAUCAAUGCCAUGAAGGACAGGAAGGGGUCGUCUGUUCCAGCCAUCAGGAAAUAUAUCAUGGCUAACUUCAGCAAGUAUCUAACAGCCAGCAGGGUGACAUCAUCUGUGAGGAUUGCUUUAGCACGUGGAUUGAAGACCGGUGCACUAGUGAGACCCAAGGGAUCCACUGCUACUGGAGCUACCGGGCGCUUCAGGGUUGGAAAAGCAGCUCCAAAGAAGGUCAAGAAGCCAAAGAAGAAGACACCCAAGAAGAAGAAGGCAAAGAAGCCGAAGAAGGCAAAGAAGGUAACAAAGAAGACGAAAAAACCUAAAAAGGCAAAGAAAGCAAAGGGAAAAUCCCCGAAGAAAGCCAAAAAGCCAGCCGCCAAGAAAGCGAAGAAACCAGUUAAAAAAGCUAAGGCAAAAAAGUCUCCGAAGAAAGCUAAAAAGGCUGGAAAGAAGGGAGCUAAAAAAUAAAUAUCUCUUCAUUAUCUUUCCCAACAAAGGCCCUUUUCAGGGCC